GUAAUGUAAGUCUCAUGGCAGCACUGGCGUCUAGCGGUGCAUCAAGAUUGCGCACACCUCAGCUACUCAGCGCGUGCGCUGCUGACCUCCUAGUGUGUGCCGCCAGCGCCCCCCUCGCUGCUACCAGGGCAGCCAGGAUAAACCACCUUCCAUGCCAUGUCACACAUUAUAUUGAGUCAUUCCCAGUAGCCGCGAGUACACUGUCGCUAGUAGCGAUGGCUGCGGACCGAUGCGGCGCGGUGCGGCGAGGACGCGGUUCACUCUGCGCCAGACCGUUCUUAGCGGUUGGACUUGUAUGGGUGACGGCUCUAUUGCUUGGAGUGGUGACAGUAAUAGCAACAUGCUUGUCAUGUCCGCCACUGGCGGCUGCACAUGCUAUCAUCACUUACUGCAUGCCAGUUGCUGCCGUCACUCGUUGUCACUGGGCCGUUAGAGUAAAGCUCACUGCUCUGUCUUUGACUGCGAGAGCUGCCCACGGAGAAUUGCCUCUGCCAGUUCCACUUAUCCGACGACCGACUCACGUCAUCAUUGUCGCUGGUGUUGGCGGGAGAGAACGCCGUGACGCUGUAGACGUCGGUGACGUCAGAGCGAAGAAACUGCAGCCAAGUCUGCUAGGUCCACAACCAGCAACCUCAACUCUAAGAUCGAGAAGACGACUCGGCAAUGUUUUGAUUGGUAUUGCUGCAAUAUUUGCUGCCUGUUGGUGUCCGCACGCAGCAAUAAUAAUCUGCAGUGCGUUUGGCUUAAACGCCCCAAUAGUUAUAACACAGUAUGCUUUACUGCUCGGUCACGCACAUUCAGCAUUAAAUGCAGCAGCGUACUGGUUGCUGAACAGACACGCGCUAACUGCUGCUUGUGCUGCGUGGCGCAUUCCUCAAUUGAGGGUACGUGAAGAGAGGCCCUCAUCGACGAACGAGGCCGCGCUGGGCGCGUUCCACCCUCGUCUUGCCCGCCCGGCUCCCUCCCCGCGCCCUCCCCCCUCUAGCUUCCUAUAUUGAUGGCCAUCUAUCUUCUAAGCUCUCUCGAUCUGUGAUUCCUGUCUCUCAGUGCCUCGUGUAGUCUAUGCAAAUGCGUCUCGUUUUCGUCGUUACAAACGUUGUUUGAGAUUUUAUUGUGAAUGAUAUCCGUCAAGCAAUAAAGUGUAUGAAACAGU